AAUAUUUACAGUGGUUGUAAAUAAGGCAGCGCGGGUGCACAAGGAGACAAACAGCUGACUGAAAGACUGAACUGCUAAACGUCUUUCGAUCGUGGGCAUGUAUCGGAAGACUGUGAGAAAAGCCGAGGUCGGCGAGCCUUCUUAUUAAAUAUCUGAAAGCCUUGGACGAGCUGGGUUCAUCCAUGCAUUUCAGAUAGAAGUGGCCUAGGAUGAGCCGAGCUCGUCAACGAUGGUGGAGCGACUUCUGCCAGCUGUUGCUAAAGUGGUCAUUUGUGGUGCUGGUGUAAUAGGCAACUCAAUUGCCUACAACCUUGUGAAACGUGGAUGGACAGACAUAGUUGUUCUUGAAAAAGGCCGUAUUGGGUGUGGUGCAACAUGGCGUAGUAGUGGCUUGGUAGGCCAGCUGCAGCCAACAAUUGAUGGAAUCCUUGCACGCUCCAGUGCCAAGCUCUAUCAGGAGUUGCACGAUGCAGGACAUGACAUUGGUUGGAGACGAUGCGGCUCACUGAGUGUUGCAAGCACAGAAAAGCGGAUGACAUCACUCCUCAGACUUGCGGCUGAGGCACGGGCAAGGGGAAUCGAAUGCACAGUUCAGCAGCCAUCCACACUUUCGGAGCACCACCCAUAUCUUUUGACCAAAGACCUUGUGGGCGGGGUUUUUGUUCCUGGAGAUGGUAUAGUUGAUCCUGUGGCUUUAUGCCAAACGAUGGCUGACUUAGCCCAACAAGGAGGAGCAACAUACAUUGAGGACUGCCAUGUGAACCGUGUUGUUGGCAACCAGGGGAUUGUGGUUCAAGCUGAAACAGAACUGGGAUGCAUCAGCUGCGAGUAUUUCAUCCUUGCUGGUGGCAUGUGGUCUAGAGAGCUUGGACAAGCAAGUCAGCCCAAAUUUAUGGUUCCAAUUCAUGCUGCUAAGCAUUCAUUUGCAAUCACUAAACCUUUAGACCAACGAAGUGAUUUCCUUCCAGUUGUGUGGGACUAUGACGGUCGUGUCUACUGUAGAUCCUUUGGUGAUGGCUUCCUGAUUGGCGGAUUUGAGGAGACAGCCAAGCCAGUCUUCCAUUACGAUGUCCCUGAUCGUUUUGAAUUUGUGCGCCUACCACCAGACUAUGCUCAAUUUCAGAGUAUCUACAGCCAGUUCCAGCACCGCUUUCCACAACUUCAGCACUUAGAGCUUGCUGAGUUGGUCACUGCACCAGAGACUUUUACACCUGACAAUCAUUGUAUAUUAGGGGAAACCUCAGAGGUGGAACGCCUCUUUCUGGCUGUUGGCACUAAUGGUGCACAGACACAGAUGGCUGGUGGAAUUGGCCGAGCAUUAGCCCUUUGGCUGUGUGAUGGCGCGCCUCGGGCAUACCUAUUGCCUUGCGACUGUCGUCGCUUCCUGGACCUGCACAACAAUGUGAAGUUUCUACGUGAGCGUGUCACAGAGGCAGUUGGAAGAACAUAUCUGGUUCCUCACCCACUUCAGGCUGAAUUUCGAACAGGACGUCGCCUUCGUUGUUCACCAUUGCUGCCACUUCAGGAACAGCAGGGUGCUGUGCUUGGUGAAAGAAUGGGUUUUGAACGAGCAUUGUUUUUUGAUCCUCAGCGCAUUCUCGGAGAGAACCACACCAGUCCAGAGCCCACGUAUGGGAAGCCUGCGUGGUUGGAGCAUGUGCAUCGGGAGUAUGUGGCCUGCCGAGAGAGAGUGGGCCUAAGUGACAUGUCAUCAUUUACAAAAUUUUACCUUGAGUCUGGUGGAUCAGAGGUUGUGGACUUCCUGCAGCUGCUCUGCUCAAAUGACGUUGAUGUUCCAGUUGGGCACAUUGUGCAGACAGGCAUGCAGAAUGAUCAUGGUGGCUAUGAAAAUGAUUGCAUCCUGGUGCGCAUGGAUGUAAAUCGUUAUUUCAUGGUUUCACCAACAGCGCAGCAAACUCGCAUUGCCAAAUGGGUUCGGCGGCAUCUGCCACGGGAUGGUUCAGUGUCACUGCGAGAUGUUACAUCUCUUUACACAGUGUUAUACAUUCUGGGGCCCAAAUCCAGGGCCCUUUUAGAAGAAGUCACUGACCAAGAAAUUCAAGUAGAGCCAUUUACGUGCCAAGAAAUGGAUUUUGCAUAUUCGACCAAUGUGCUGCUCUUGGGUUAUAACAACACCUUAGAACCUGGCUACUCAAUGUACAUUCCCUCAGAGUAUGCUCAGAAUGUCUACAGCAGGUUAAAAAAGGCUGGUCGUGACUAUGGAAUAUUGGAUGUUGGUUAUUACGCACUAAGGAUGUUGAGGAUUGAGAAGUUUAUUCCAUUUUGGGCUGAAGAACUCGAUAGCAGUGUCACACCCUUGGAGGCUAAUCGGAGUGCUCGCGUUAAGCUUCAGAAAGAGCCACCAUUUAUUGGCCAAGAGGCUUUACAGCAGCAGGCAGUGGAAGGCCUGCGUCGGCAACUGGCCUUCUUCCAGCUGACUGGCCAUGACUCUGAACGAGAUCCUUGGGCUUGGGGCCAGGAGCCCAUUUUUCGUGAUGGCCGCUUCAUGGGGCUCACCACAUCUGGCAGCUAUGCCUUCGCCCUGGGGCGCAACGUCUGCCAGGGCUUUGUUCAUUGGUUCAACCCGAGCAGCAAGCAGCUUGAACUAUUGCCAGACAACCUUUUCUCUGAAGGAAGUUUUGAGGUGGAGCUUGCUGGGCGCAGGUUUCCAGUUCAAGCAUCUGUCACACCACCUGAGCUCUCUGUUGCACCAAUGGGUGGCAUACGUGACCGUUACAAACCUCAAGCCAGAACUCUGCCUUGACGUGUUAGAAUGAGCUGCUUACAAAAGCAAGGGCCUGCAUGUUUAGAAUUUUGUUUGUGGUUUUUCAAUAUCAUGGAAGCAUGUCUUCUGCUUUACAGCAGCAAGAAUGUUGCAGUGCUCUGUGCUGUCGUGUUCACUGUGCAUGUUAGGAGCCUCGCCUCAAAUCAGAAUGAUGUCAUUCUAUUUAUUACGUGCACCCAUUGCUGUGUUGACUUUGUCCUGCCUCAUAAUUGGCCCUUGCGCCAUAAAACAACAAAUUCAUUCAUUCACUUUGUCCUGUCAAGUUAUUCCUUGCUUUUAAUAUAAGAAAAACAUGUGCACCAGUGCAAGUGACAGUGUUGAUCUUGUUACCAAUGUUCCCAGGCUGUCAAAACAUUUAUGGCAAGGAGAUAAUAUCACCAAAAAUAGACAUAAACAAGGUUUUAUGUUAGUUCUUAUAAAUGCUUGAUGAUGAACUUUCUUUCACAAGUGAGUUCCCAUUGUUUGCCCCUUUAUUGCAUAAGUAAAGCUCCAGCACUUGUAUUACAUGUGUUCAAAUAAGAAAAAUUUUAAAUGAAGUCAAAUAUAAAUAUUUGAGUAAAAUGUCUAUCGAAUAUCAAAUCAAAUAUUGAACAUUCCUAAUUUCUAAGUGUGUGUGUGUGUGUGUGUGUGUGUGUGCGUGCGUGUGUGUGUUAGAUGAAAUAUUCCAUGGAGCUCGUUUGGCAACAAAAGGCUUGCUUUCAUUAUUUGAUGCAUGUAAUGCCGUCAACUAAAUGUCAGGUCAACUGACAGGCUUAUAAAUGAGAAUUACAAAAAAAAGUAUGAUCAGGUCUGGUGCACCAUAACCAUGACAGUAAUAAAUAAAAGGAACUGCACAUGCCAGAUGCAUGUCAUAGAGCGUACUUCUUGUUGAAGGACCUUGUAUUGCACAUACUACAGCACCGCACAUUGUUUUGAUAGAAUCCAAACAUGGUGAGAUUGACAAAGCAAUUUAUAAAUUGCUUUGUCUUAUUUAAAACAGGAAAUUUGUAGGCUGCCUAUGGCAAGCAUGCUUACUUAAUGGCUGAUAACUAUUGUACAUAGUGACCUCUUCCAUGUUUUAAAUCAGGAACUGCAUUGUCUGUGCAACAACUGCAGAUCGCCUGCACCAGAAUCAUUCAGAAGAGUCUCCACUUGCAUCAGUCUUUCUCCCUAUAGACAGCAAGAACUGUUGUUCCUUAUAGUAUUAGGAUGAAACAAAUAUUAAACAUAAAAUAGUUAAUUCUUGAAUCGAAUACAGAUUGAAUAGCAAUAUAUUUCAUUUAUAUUCAAAAUUUAGAAUACUUGCACACCCCUCACUAGUCCUAUUAUUUCCUGUUCUUCUUUCAUCGUACAAUGGGCUGGCAAAUGCCAAAGUACAUCAUUACAUGUUCAGGUUGUUUGCCUGAGCUCAUAUAAUAUUUAUUCUUAGUGGCCUUCUUUGCAGAAAAGAUAGUCCUCAAAAGUUUACAGUAUAACAUUGAUAUGUUCCCAAUUCACAUGAUUUUCUGGUUUAUACAUUCAUGAUAGAGCCCAUUGGUAUUACCAUAUUUACUAGAAAAUAGGUCAAACACCAAUGUAGGUUGACCUCUAUAAUUGAACUAGCUUAGAAAGAAAAAAAAAUUAACCUAGAUAUAGGUUGACCCAUACCUUUAUUUACUGUAAGCUUGGCUACUAAAUCUCGCUGGGUGAUGCCACAAGUGGCAUCCUUGUCGAAACUGCCAGAGAAGUCGUCCCUGUUCGAUGCUAUGCUGGCAUCCUUGGCACUCCAAACGAUGUCAUCCUUGGUGCCGUCGAGUGUGUUGGAUAUGCAGGAUUUCUUAAGGCCAGUCUGAAUAAUCUCCAGACUGGCUUUACGAUGGGUGCAACAGAGGAACUUUGUUAGCUCAGUACUUUUGAUAGCUUUGUUCACCAAUAUAGAUUGCUAGCUUCAUUUGGGUAACGUUUUUGCAAAAGAAAGGUCUAUCUAUAUUCAAAUAAAUACAGUACCUCUAUUAAGUGAUGCCUGUGUUUUAUUGGCCCACAUAACCAGUGAAAGAUGUGUGACCAACAAAAGGCAGGUGUUCCAAAAUGACAUGACUUCCCAAUAAAUAUGUUCAACUUUUUGUCAAAUACUGAACAAAUGAUGCAUUUGAUGACUGGCAGAAGACACCAACAUAUGUACGAGCGUGCCGAGCAUCUGCACUCACAUAUAAAAGGGCAUGUGCAGAGCAGGCCUUAGGCCUUUGUGACGGCUUUUCCACACUACUUCUCAUGCCCGAGUCACCUGAUAAUACUGGUGUGCACUUUUCCAUGGCUUAGGCAGCAGCUGAGCAGUCACAGCAUUGCAAAUGUAUAACAGUAACCAAAAUUUCAUGUGCCAUGCAAUGUCAUGCUUGAUCCUUCAUACGCGGUCCAUCUGUGCUGUCACAAAUAUGUGCCAAUCUGGCAUGCCAACGGCAUUAUCUGUAUGCUAGACAAGAAAAUGCACACAAGUUCGACUAAUGGCAGCUUGUUGGAAGAGGUGUGCUAAUCUGUUGCCCACAGGCCGGCAAUCAAUAGUAAGUGAUAAAUCUGCAAGUUCAUCCACGCACUUGCAUUAAGUAGAAAAAAAAAUUGUCAAGUUUCCAUAAUGCUAUCAACUGAAUAUGUUACGUGUGACUGCCAGCAAUGCAUUAAGCCAUGUUUGACUUCUGAAUGUCGCCAUUGCGACCAUGGUGCAAAAUGUACAACGAUUGAAGAACUUCGAAGUAGCUGUCACACUGAAGGUCAGGAAGGAACAGAAGUGCCAGUAUGCGCUUUCUGGCUGCAGGUGGCACAAGAUGCAGUAAUAUCUUACAUUGCUACAAUUCUUAGCAUUGGAGCACCCAGAUCUGGAGAGACUUUUGGCCCAAUUCCAGGGUAGAGAUUUUUUUAGCAGUUAGAGCUCCAGGAACAGACGGUACUCCAUGGCAUCCAGAAGUGCUCAGCCAUGUCUCCACCAGUGCACAUACCCACAAAGAAUGGAACCACCCGUGAUGAAUUUGCAGAGUGUCUCGUGAUGCUCAUGAUGAACCUGUUCGUGGACAUCCACCCGUUCGUAGCCACCGUCGUGAACAUAUGGCUCCAGUAAGCGACAGGAAAAUUCAGUGUGGAGAUGGGAAGAAAAUGAAAGACACUGUAUGACUGGUGUAAAGAGCAUGAAGAUCUCCAGAUCACAACGUUGGAGUGCAAAUAUUGCAACACCGAGAUGGUCAACGAUCCGGCGACGAAGCCCUACGACCGAAUUCGCGAGCAUUGAGUGUCAUCUCGUCAUAAGAAGUUCAAGAUGUCGACCCAGGAAGCUGGGUCGGAAAUCGCGGGAAAAUCUCAGCAGACGCUCUUUGAUAUGUACUGUAGACAAUGUGUGAAAGAAACUGAAGCGGACGGCGUAAUCCAUGACUUUGUUCGUGCUCUAGCGUACAGUGGAAUUGGCAUGCACUAGCUGGCGGAUGGACCUCUGGGGGACUUCGUAUGCAAAUACUGCAAGGCAGCGAAGAUCAUGCCAACAGGACAAAGGCUUCGGCUGAAAUAUCGAAAGAAGCUUUUGACAAGGACAUGGUGAAAAUCCGCGAUGAUAUGCAAGAUGUGAAAGUGAGUGUUAUCGUCGACAAAUCCCGAGACAUCACUGGAGUGCCUACCAUCAACACUCUCCUGUGCUACUAUAGCCAAAAAAUCGUGAAGAAGCAAGUUGUUUUGGUGGACGUCGACAGAAUAAAUGCUUCGAACAGCUACACAGUGGCCAGCAUAGCCGGCAAGGCUCUCCUGACUGUAGGCAAGACGUGGAAAGAUGUUGUGGCUGUAGGCACACACUCAGUGGAGUACAUGCGAAAAAUGGUACGAGAAAUCUGUCAAGCUGAAGGGAUCCUAAUCUUACAUUACAUAUGAAAGAUUUAGCACAGCUGAUUUAUGCGAGUGUUGAUCAUGCCAUUCCUUUACCAUGCGUGUUAACAGUUCGAUCCGUAGUGAUCAAGUUUAGAGCAUUAUUUAAGCACGCUAACAAGCUCUACCAAAAGCACACUGAAAUUUGUGCUUUUAAUGGCCUCUUUGGACCUGAUGUUAAGAAACCACCUUCCGUUGUUCCAAAUAAAUGGCAAGGUUUCUACAAAGCGCUUGUGGUUGUCAUAGAAAUGUCGAGCUCGUUAACGGAACUUGCUGAAAGCUCGCAUGAUAGCAGCAAAGCGGAAGCUAUUCAAGUGAUACUUUCUGAAAAAGAAGUUGUUUAUGCGAAGGCAAUCCUGAUGAGAGACACACUCCGCACCCUUUUAUACGCCCAAAAUAUGCUUGAAAGCGGAAAACUUCUGAUGCCCAGCUUUGAUCACCUGGUAAACGUCAAGCUGCAGCAGACUGUUGGCGAGCUUUCAAUGAUGAUCAGUAAAAGCGAUCACGCCAGGGCUGUUUUGUCUGUUACCCAAGAGCAGCGCCACAUUAGUAAAAACAUGUUGUAAAGAUUUCUGCACAAAACUCUCCACAAAAUGACACUGCACUGUUGAACGGAACGUCUAAGAUAAAGACGAAAACCAGCUAACUUUGUAGAAGCUCGGAGCCGUCCUGGAUCCAUUUCAGAAGUGUCUGUUGGAACAGUCAUUUGAUGACUACCAACCUCUGUUCAUGUCCGUAACUGACGAUGUAGAUUCACUUCACGACAAGUUUAACCAGUAAUUGCUGGAAGCAAACCCCACAAACACAACUGUUGAACUCAUUGAGCAUUGGCAUGACCAUACCGGUCGCUACCCCAGGCUGGCAAAUGUUGCACCAAGAUUGUUGUGCCUAGCUAAUGGAAGCUGUGAUGUCAAGAGAACUUUCUGCCUGUUGAGAUAGGUUCAACGACCGGACAGGUCUCGAGUGGAGAGUGAGAUGUUGUGCAUGCAGAUGAUAAUCUAUGUAAACAAGGGUGUGUAAAAAAUCGAUGACCAGCUUUUAGUGAAUCAUCAUCAUCAUCAGCCUAUUUUAUGUCCACUGCAGGACGAAGGCCUCUCCCCACAAUUUCCAAUUACCCCUGUCCCGCGCCAACCGACUCCAACCAGCACCCGCAAAUUUCCUAAUUUCGUCACACCGCCUAGUCUUCUGUCGUCGUCUACUGCGCUUCCCUUCACUUGGUACCCAUUCUCUCACCCUAAUGGUUUAAUGGUUAUCCACUCUGCACAUUACAUGACCUUCCCAGCGCCAUUUUUUUCUCUUCAUGUCAAUUAGAAUGUCGUCUUUCUGCGAAUUCUACCAGCAUCUCUCCUCUAGUGUUCCUAGAAUCGACACUGUAGUUUCCAGUUGCUUGUUCCCCAGCCUACUUUUUCCCAACUUUUGCAUUGAAGUCGCCCAUUACUACAGUAUAUCGAGUUUGCACUUUUGUCAUCACUAGUGCAACAUCUUCAUAAAACUGAUCUACUUUAUCAUCAUCGUGACUGGAUGCUGGAGUGUAGGCUUGUACUACCUUUAAUCUAUACCUCUUGUUAAGUUUGAUUACGACUACUGCUACCCUCUCAUUAAUGCUGUAGAAUUCGUCAAUGUUGCCCGCUAUGUCCUUAUGGAGCAGGAAUCCUACCCCGUAUUGCUUCUUAUAUGGGAGACCUCUAUGGCAGAGGACAUGGCCGUUAGUCAGCACUGUAUAAGCCUUCUAAUCUCGCUAAGGCCACUGAUAUCCCAAACAAUAUCUGAUAGUUCCUUAAGGAGUCCUGCUAAGCUAGCCUCACUCAACAGAGUUCGGCAAUUAAAGGUUGACAGGGUCAGUUUCCAUUGGCGGCCUGUCUGGACCCAGAGAUUCUUGGCACCCUCUGCUACGUUACAGGUCUGACCACCGCCUUGGACAGCUGCUCCGCAGCUGCUGGAGACUGAGGGCCGUGAGUUAAUUGUAGAUAUCAUUGGGGAGGUUGUGGCCGAAUACUGCACCAGGAAGGCCAAUUCCUGUUCUGGUGAGGGAGUGUCUUUGUUCAAGCUUAGUGGGCCUUCCUAAUUUGGUUGUACUUUGAUUAUUAUAGCCCCACUCGCUCUCGGCAUCUUUCGCUGGUGCAAAAUGCCGCUCCAAGCCUGCAGGUGUAGUGCACUGGAGGAUGUUUAAAAUGUUUAACUUUGUAGAAGUUAUCAAGCCUCUUUACUGUCAUCAUUAUUGAUUCAUUUCCAAACAAAUGCCAAAUUUCGGAGAGUAUUUGCUAGAAAACCCUGACGUCCCCCCUGAUUACCAGCUUGAAACAAACACCAAUUUUAGCACUUUAGAGUUAUGAAGCCAGUGGUACGUACUUUCUGAUAAAAAAAAAACUCUGGUGUAUUACUUAAUACAUCUGUGGAUUGAACCCCCCCCCCCCCAAAAAAAGAACAUAUUUCGGAAUGGUUUCAUAAAAAUAACAAUUUUUGCACCCCCCCUGUAUUAAAAAAAAAAUAAUACCCGAAAACAAACAACCCUAAUUAUGCACUAUAGUAACGUUUCUACACAAUGUAGUGUUAGCAACCUAAAUACAAUGCACGAGAUGAAUGAAGAGUGGCCAGGGCAAAGGUGGUGAAAAGUGGAACAUGGUGACUAAUGUGCUGGUUAAGUUAAUGCUUAACCUCAUAUGAAAUUGUUGGUUGCAGUGUUUAAAUUAUUCAUGUAGGCCACCUCCACUAUAGCUAGUUCCCUGUUACCUACUUUGCAGCUUGAUGCUUGUGGCAGCUUGUUUAUGGAUACAGCUCCUGCUUUCUCAGAUGUCAUUUUCAGAGCAUGAAAUAAACUCUUAUGGUUACAUCAUAGAAAUUGAUAGAAAUUGCUUCUUGCCCAAUAGACUACAUUUAUUUAAAGGAAAUUAAGCAACCAUUUAAACAUGUGUCAGAGUUGUGCAAAUGUGAAAACUUUUUUUUACGCUGUAGUACCACAUCACAUGUCGGCCGGUUAAAGUGGGCGGCUGUGUUCUUUAUGUACAGUAUAGCGUAUACUGAUGACAGAGGAGGCAGAGACAUGACACUAGUAACAACUGAGAAUUUAUUGUAGAUGAUCAAUACGAAGAGCGUCGCAUAGCAUGAAGGGAGAAAGAACACAGAAUGCCUACUACAACCAAGAAAACUAUUAAUCACAAGCUCCUAUUGAGAAAGAAACAAGGUUUCUUUUGAGUGGGCAGCUCAUACGUUAUCUGAAUGGUGUCUGUAAUUUCUCUAGUCAGCUUACUAGCAUUCUUGAUUUACACUUGCAUGUUACUGAACGAAAGUUUACAUCCACAGCAUGCACAAUGUGCGUUAAGAUGACCUGUCACAACAAGUGUGCCGACAUUAUUCUGGUGUUCCCUUGACUGUUCAUUAAAGGGCCCUUCACCAGACUUAGGGAGUGCAAAUAAGUGCAGUGCAUAGAUUAUGAUGUGUCAAUCAUGUCUGCAAAGUAUUAAAUCAAUGUAUGCUCCAAAAACACCUGAAAAUUCGAACAUUCUGUGAAACUCUGAGCAUGCGAAACUGUCACCAGAAAUGCACUGCACUGUAAGAAUGGGAAACAAAGUAAAAAAAAAGAGUGGGGGAAGGGGGGGGGGUCAUGGGCCCCUGACUCUGAUAAGAUGGGGAGCAGUGUCACUUGUGGAUGCUGGUUGAGACAAUGAGAGGGAGUCGCUGCUGUGGGAGGGUAGCUCACCUGCUUAUAUCACUGCAUCUCACCAUUUCAUUUGCUUCUAUCUCCACUAUUACGCUAUCUCGGCUAAACAUUUUUCAGAAAUUCUUCAACAGAACACUCCCUGGACAGUGCUUUACAACUUCCAGUGAAUAACAAAAA